AUGGAGAGGAGACUCCAGGCCGCUGAGGCUCUUCUCGCCCGAGUCAGCGGUCAAGAUGCGUUGGACACAGCCAUCAGAGCUGCUGAGCUGUACAUGACUGCCGCGGCGCAGGCUUUAACCAAAUCUGAAGCGAAGCAUCAUCGGAAAAGAUGCCAGGAACUCAUUGCGUACGCCGAGUUGCUCAAGACGGAACUGGCAGUACCGCAGACCGUCGAGGACGCUGUCUUGAAGGGCGCCUCCCGUCUUCACGGCUGCUUCUUCCCACCCUGGGACAGAGAUCCAAACGAUGCUGAUUUCGAGCGCGGGGAGCGUGCACAAGCUUUCACUGACGAAGCCGAUUUCUCCCUGUCAGCCACCCAGGCGGAGACAUUUGACGGUUGGAAGAGACCCCAGGAACUGCUGGAGCAGCGCGGCUCAAAAUUGGAGGACGUGGACUUGGAUGCGGAGCUCUUCCAAACCAAGAACCAGCCCUGUGAUCUAGUACAGGACAUUACCACCGACUGCUCAGUCGUCGCUGGCCUGUCUGCCGCAGUGAACGUGCUGACAGGCAAACAUGCUUUGCUAUCGUCAAUAUUCUUCCCUUUUGACCACAAUCGAGGUCGGCCACGAUAUUCCCCUCUGGGAAAGUACGUCAUCCGCCUGAAUUUCAAUGGAUGCCUGCGGAAAGUCACCAUCGACGAUAGACUGCCGACGUCGAACAGUGAUCGCGCGCUCUACGUGGUCGACCGCAUGAACGAGAGUCUGCUGUGGCCCGCCCUCCUUGAAAAGGCCUACCUCAAGAUCAGAGGAGGCUAUGACUUCCCCGGCAGCAACUCUGGCACCGAUCUCUGGGUGUUGACGGGCUGGAUCCCCGAGCAAGUGUUUCUCCAGAGGGAUGAGGUGGAUAUUAACCACAUCUGGUCGAGCAUCAAAGCAGCGCACGACGCGGAAGAUGUCGUCAUCACGAUAGGCACGGGUGUCACGUCGCCCGAAGAAGAGCGCAUUGCCGGCCUUGUGGGCGAGCACGACUAUUCUGUGCAAGGCCUGGCCGAGGUCGAUGGCCGACGCUGGCUCCUCGUCAAGAACCCAUGGUGUGUCGGUCUUGUAUGGGCCGGAGGCUGGCUCACGGCGAAUCCAGCAUCACUCGCCAGGAGCCCUGGGGCUGGAAAGGGACCGCAAACCCAGCAGCCCGAGGCAACCGACCAGAACACGAACGCCGUCUGGGUCUCCCUGGAGGAUGUGGCGCAGAACUUUGAGUCCAUGUACCUCAACUGGAACCCCAAACUCUUUCCCCAUCGUCAAGAAUGCCACUUCAAAUGGGAGAUGCCACAGGCUCACCUGAAGACGGCCCUGGCCGAGAAUCCGCAAUACGCCAUCUCCUCCGCCAAGGGUGGUCUCGUCUGGAUACUGGCCAGCCGUCAUUUCCAGGAUGCCGAGCACCGGAUCCUCAAAGGCCGCACGAGCCACGGCGACACCAUGGCCGCCGCUGCCCGCCAGCUGGGGUUCAUGAGCAUCCUCGUGUUCGACUCUGGCGGCAAGCGUGUCCAGAUCACGGGGGAGCAGACCUAUGAGGGACCGUACGUCGACUCCCCGCAGACCCUUGCGCGCCUGGACAUCACGGCCGGUAAAGUGUACACUGUCGUCCUCGCCCAGGACGACUUUCCCCUGCCCAAGUACACCUUUACUCUGUCGGUGUUUUCGCAGAACCCAGUGGACAUGCACCCGGCCGUCGACGCCAUGUCACAUCGAAGAGAGGAGAUUGGCGCAUGGACCAGGCGCUCCGCAGGAGGCAACGCAGCGUGCACGACGUAUUUCUCGAAUCCCCAGUACCGCCUGUCGGUCCCCAGGCCGACACCAAUAUCCAUACUGCUGUCCACUGACAACAGGGACAUUCCCAUCCACGCCGAUCUAGUAUGGGGCCACGGGAAGCGAGUCAGCUCCGUCCGAGUGCGCGACGUCGUCGUGUCGUCCGGGGAAUAUCGACGGGGCCACGUCGUGGCAGAGGCUCCCAUGGUAGACGCAGGAGACUAUACAAUCGUAUGCUCGACAUUUGAGGCCGGACAGCAAGCCGGCUUUGGGCUGCGUGUAUCUUCAGACGUACCCGUCACAGUGGCACCCAUCCCCGCCGACGCAGCGGGACGUCUGCACACGCCUCUCGCGCCCUUGACCUUGUCCGAGAGCGUCCAGCAACGACGUCUGCCCAUCUACGCCGACUGGUUGACCAAGACUACGGCGGCGGCAUCACAGGGUGGCGCGAGUCACGGACACGGUGGGAGCCUGUUAAUCCGUCUGUCUGUCGUGCACGGGACAGGCCCUAACCAAGUCGUCCUCGCCGUAUCGGGCGACGGGGAGUUCCUGGACCCGCGGGUUGCCAUCAGGACCCCUGAGUUCGACAUUGAACCCAGGCGGGCGCAUGCUGAGGGCAUGUGGCUGGUCAUUGAAGGAAUUGGGAUGCACAAAGAUGGGCAUCUUCUCAAGGCCGAGCUGUUCAGCGACUCACCUGUGCAAGUCGGCGCAUGGGAGGACUGCUAA